AUGGAGUCUGACGGUUACGUUUACACUAGAUUUGCGCCUGAAACCUCUUCCUGUGAGGUUAUCCCCGCAACACCAUUGUUAUCUAAAUCAGUCCUGUUGACCCAGAGAAUCGCGCUUGUUCUCACCGCUAUCGUGGUGGUAGGAUUCCCUGUUGUUACGGCAUCGGAUAGCUGGCUGGAACUUAAUACCACAUCGAUCGGGCUAUGGCGUCAAUGCAUAUAUAAUAUCACCACGGGCGACAGUAGGUGUUAUAUGUUAGUUGAAUAUUCACUACCAGUGUAUGUGAUUGCAUGUCAAGUGCUCAUGAUAGCCGCGUCAGUCUUGUCAGGAAUAGCUAUUAUAACUGCCUCUAUAGGUCACUGUAAACAGUAUGGUAAAUGCGUGCGAACUGCUGGCUUUCUUCUCGUGUGUUCAGGUAUUUUUGUUGCAGUUUCUCUAAUUGUGUUUCCCAUUCUAACGAAACUCCGAUAUCGAGGUGAGGUUUUUCGCACUGGGUGGGGCAUCGCUGUUGGUAUCAUCGUGUGCUGGGGGUUUUCCUUCACGGCUUCGGUCCUCUUUCUCCUGGCGUGGAGGAGUAAUAAUCGAGACACAGAAAUGAGUAAUAUAUCUACUGAGCAACUAGACUGA